AUCUUUUAUGUCUAUACACAUACUUAAUUAUAAAUGUGAGAGCUCCAUGUCCUAUAAGUUUCUGUCUGAGAAAUAGUUGACGCAAUAAUUUGAAACUAUCUCGCUUUUUCACUUGGCAAAUCUAUUUCUUAAAGCAAUGGCUUCCUCCUCCGAAGAACUAUUUGGUUUGAAUUACCUGCUGCUGAAGCCACAAGAGGCGAGUGCUGUUGAUCUUGGACGCCUCUUGUUCUCUUCCAACUUGAAAAACAGAAGAUUCAUCGAAUGCCCAGAAGAGAUUGAGGCCAGAGAAUUUCGACAAAGAUGGCUCCUCUUCAUUUCCAUUGUCGCGCAGAAGGUCCUCGUUGCAUCAAGAAACUCAUUGAAGAACGUUGGGGACACGUUGGAGUUGUGGCUCAAUCGUUUAUCAAGCAAUGGAGGCUUAAUAAGACUCUUGUUCAACAUUCUAACAGGAAAGAUGAUAACACCGGAAAGAUCAUCGGCGACAUUCUUAUCCGUGGUGGGCUACAGUGACACACGAGUUGACUUAGACAAAAGCAUUAAGGAGAAGGAUACUAAAUACAAAGGGUUCCUCUCAAUGAUGGCUUCAAAAUUAGCGUAUGAGAAUGAAGAAUUCGUUAGUAACGCAGUGCGAAAUCAUUGGGAUAUGGAUUUCUUGGGGUCACACAGCUUCUGGAACGAUUACCAAGAGCUCUGGUCCACACGAGCAAUCAUAGUGCAAGACACCAAGUCCGAACCCAACUUGAUUGUGGUUGCAUUCAGAGGCACAGAGCCAUUUGAUGCGGACCAAUGGAGAACAGACGUGGACAUCUCCUGGUAUGAGUUGCCCAACGUGGGUAGGAUUCAUGGUGGGUUCAUGAAAGCCUUAGGUCUUCAAAAGAACACUGGAUGGCCCAAAGAGAUAAUUGAUCAAAGCAGCACAAGUGGUGAGCCUCAUCAUCUUUAUGCAUACUAUACAAUCAGAGAGAAACUGAGAGUCAUGUUGGAGGCAAAAGAAGAUGCAAAAUUCAUAUUGACAGGGCACAGCUUAGGAGGAGCCUUGGCAAUUUUGUUUGCUGCAGUGCUCACACUGCAUGAGGAGGAAUGGUUGUUGAACAAGUUAGAAGGGGUUUAUACAUUUGGGCAGCCACGAGUUGGGGACUCUCGGUUUGGGGAGUUCAUAAAGGACAAGUUGAGAAAGUAUGAUGUGAGGUAUAUGAGGUAUGUUUACUGCAAUGAUGUGGUGCCUAGGGUCCCUUAUGAUGACAAAACUCUCUUCUUUAAGCACUUUGGUGCUUGCCUCUACUUCAACAGCUUGUACCAUGGGCAGGUUCUAGAAGAAGAGCCAAACAAGAAUUAUUUCUCUUUGUUCUGGGUCAUACCCAAGAUCCUAAACGCAGUUUGGGAGCUUAUUAGAGGAUUUCUUAUCCCAUUCAUAGAAGGUAGAGGCUAUAUACAGAAUUGGUUCAUGACGAUGUUCAGACUUGUUGGAUUGAUAAUUCCAGGACUACCAGCUCACCUUCCUACAGAUUACGUCAAUGUUACUAGAUUAGGAUCCUUAAACGAUUCUCAGGAGCUUCAAAACUCACAAGAUUCCAAGGCUGACUGAUAUCAUCGCUUGCAUAACCAACAAAUAAUUAAUAAUAAUUAUACACAAUCACAAUUAUAUUCUUGUGCUCUUUUCUUUUAUUCUUUCUGAUAUUAGAAUGUUCAUCGAACAAUGUGUUUUGCUAAUUGUGGUAAACUCAGAUUUAGAUAGAAUUCAAAAUAUCUUAAGACAAAUAAUUGCAAUAGCCAAUUCCCAAGUCCCAAGUCCACUAAUCCUCUUCAUUCUCUCGUGCAAACACAAUAGACUGGCAUAGUAGCAUAUUGACUUGAAAAUUUGAAUCACCGAGGCAAAAUUAGCAAAAGAUAGGAAAUAAGAAACAAACAUAAAUCAGACAACGAACUGAACUGAGCGUGAUUUUGUGAAGGAAAAACUAAAUUGCAGAUUUGUGGUUAAUUUAUCGUUCUACUAUAGAUAGAUAACAUAUUACAUCUGAACAGCAAACUGUUGAGGAGAGGAAAAAAAUACAAUAAAAUAAAAUAAAAAUGAAGCUUAUUUCUAAAGUUUGGCCUACGUACAUACACAUAUUAUUUAUCAUUGAAUCCAA